UACUGAAUAUGCAUGUAGAUCAAUCACCUCAUGUCGAGUCAAAUCCGCCCAUAAGACUUUUAAAAGGCAUCUAGUUUCUUCCGUAUUCUCCAGAGAACAAUUACCUGGACUUUAUUUAUUACAAUCUACAUAA